CAAAAAACAAAACAAAAUAAUUUAUCCCUGCCUUUUUUCCACAUCCCUCUCUCUCUCCUUUUCUCUCAGUCUCUCUCGAAACACACUCACACUCUCUCUCUAGAAAACUGUCCGUUGGAAUUCAAGAACCCAAGAACAUCUCUCUCUCCCUCUCUCUCCCAAUCUCUCUCUCUCUGAGUUCACACACUAAAGACACACUAAUACAUAUAUAUGAUGAUCACAUUGUACCACCGGCCCUAAUGAAUCCCACCACCGACCCACCUGUUGCUCAGCCACCGCGCUCCUCCUUCAGCUGCGACGCCCACCCACAAGAGCAAUUCACUGGCUUCUGCCCCUCUUGCCUGUGCGAGCGACUCCACACUCUUGACCAAAACGACGUCGCUUUGCCAUCUUCCUCCACUUCGCGCCGCCCCUCCUUUUCUUCCAUCAAAUCCAUCCUCAAACUCACCACCAACAACAAUUAUAAUAACAAUGACACCUCCAAGAAUGUGAAGCCGGCGAAACCCAGCUCCGGUUUCUUCCCGGAGCUGAGAAGAUCCAAGUCUUUUUCGGCUUCUAAGAAUGAGAAGUUCUCGGGGGUGUUUGAACCCCAACGCCAUUCUUGUGACGUUCGGGGUAGAAACACUCUUUGGACUCUCUUUAGCCUCGACGACGAGGCGAAAGUCGUUGAGGCUAAAGAAGGUCAUAGCCUCAUUUCCGGGGAAAUGAAAGGUUCAUUUCCCGAAGAGAAUGAGGGACGGGUAGAAGAGAAUGAGGGGAUUGAGGAGGAGGAUGAUGGAAUUGAGGAGAUUACGGAGAUUAGGGCUAUACGAGAGCCGGUGAUUUGUGAGAAUGUGAUUGAGGAGGGUUUUAGUAAUGAGGGGUUAGUGAAGAUUAAAGAUCAUUUGGAUCUUGAGAAUGAUUCUCAGGUGAAGAAGGGGUCGAGUGGGAUGAAUUUCUGGUCAGCGGCUUCGGGGUUUAGUAAAAAAUGGCAGAAAUGGGUGAAACAGAAGAGGGUUAAGAAGUCGAACCGGAGUGGUGGUGGUUCUGGUUUGGCUACAUUGCCUGUUGAGAAGCCGAUUUCUAGGCAAUUUCGCGAGACUCAGUCGGAGAUUGCUGAUUAUGGGUUUGGGAGGAGAUCUUGUGAUACUGAUCCGAGGUUUUCGCUUGAUGCAGGUAGGAUGUCUUUCGAUGAUGGUAGGUAUUCGUUUGAUGAGCCGAGAGCCAGUUGGGACGGGUAUUUGCUUGGGAGGAGCUUUUCUAGGCUUCCGCCUAUGGUGGAGGAUGUUGCUGUGGUUCAUGUUCCGAGGAUAGAUGCUAAUAUUCCGGUUGUGGAAGAGGAUACUUCGAGGUCUAGUGGUGGUAAUGGUGUAGAUGAAAAUGUUCCAGGGGGUUCGGUUCAGACUAGAGAUUAUUAUUUGGAUUCUUCGUGUAAGCGUAGGAAGAGUCUUGAUAGGUCGAGUUCAAUAAGAAAGACUGCGGCUUCUGUGGUGGCAGAGAUUGAAGAUAUGAAGGUGGUUUCUAAUGCUAAAGUAUCGCCUGCGACUAUAGAUUAUGUUUGUGGGGGUAAGGUGGUGAAUGGUGAUAGAGAUUUGAGGGAUUCCAACUCUAAUUCGCUGAGAGAUGACUGCUCAGAGACCUUUGAACUAGGUGCUUCUGUUAUUGAGAAUAAUGGGGAGGCAAAAGGGUCAAAGAAGUCACGGAGGUGGAGUUGGAAUAUUUGGGGGUUUAUACAGCGGCGUGGUGGAGGAAAUAAGUAUGAGGAUGAAGAGAGGUAUAAUGGUAGAGGAAAUGGUGUUGAGAGGUCAUUUUCAGAAUCGUGGAGGGAAAAUAAUAGAGGGGGUAGAGGGAGUUUUAAUCGGAAGGUCUUUCGAAGUAAUAGUAGUGUGAGCUGGAGGAACUCAAAUGGUAGUAUGAGGAAGUCGACUGUGGAGUCGAAUGUUAAUGGGAAGAAGAAGAAAGAAGAGGUUGUGUUGGAGAGAAAUCGCAGUGCAAGGUACUCGCCGCCAAACCAUAUUGAUAAUGGCCUCUUGAGGUUUUACUUGACACCGCUGAGAAAUAGCAGAAGAGGUAAAUUUGGGAAGAGUAGGUCCAAUAAUUCCCAUUCUAUGGCAAGAAGUGUUCUGCGGCUCUACUAAGAUCAAAGAGUUUUAGGUUCUUCAGUCCUCCACAUAGCAGAAAACCGAAGCUGAAUUUUUCAGUAUCUGAAAUAAUGGGAACUUUUGAGCUUCACAUACUACAGGGAAAGGGGAGAAGGAAUAAUCACGGACUCAAUUACAAAUAGAGGUAUUGUGACCGUGCUUUUGAGGAACACAUGCUUUCGUUUGCUUCAGCAACAGAUCUAAGUAAUUAUAUAAACGCUUCAGCUCUGGCUACAGAAGGUGCAAUUGUAGUGUAAGUUGUACAAAAGGUUACCGAGUAAAAUGUCUGCAAUCCAGUCAAUUCCAGUUGUUUGUAGGAUGAGUUAAAUUCCAUUUUACCGUAUUUUGUACUUUCUUUUAUUGGGGAGGUCUGUAAUUUGUUGUGUUAAUUGGUUUAUUAUAAGUUAUGAAUUAAUGGAAUGGUCACUCAUUGGUUUUGGUUUA